AUGGCCGAUAGUUGCCCACCAUCCGAGGCAAUAUUGCCCUGUCGCUGCACUCUACGUGGAAAAGAGAUACAAAUAUGGUGCUCCCAUAGCAACUUGCCUCAGAUCAUGGACGGAUUAAAAGCUGUCGAGCGUAAUAUUAAAACUCAAAUCGAUGAACUGGUGCUGGAGAACAAUCAGCUGCCGGCACUACCGGGUCGCUUCUUUGGCAAUCUGCAGAUAGUACGUCUUAUGCUGCGCUACAAUAGCAUCGAGCGUAUGUCCAAUGGCUGGCUGAACGAGCUGGAGAACAGUCUGGUCGAGGUUUUUAUUGUGGAGCCGCAACUUCGUAGCAUUCCCGCGGAGAGCUUAAACGGCAUGAUCAACAUGCUGGCCAUAACAAUACAGAGUGAGGAGCUGAAGCAUUUGCCAGACUUUUCCGGACUUCUAAGUCUCACGUACCUGAGUGUUCAAAGUGCCUCGCUGCAAGAGCUGCCACCCCACCUCUUCAGGCAUCUGCCAAAGGUGCAACAUAUUCACAUAACGGGCGGUACAGGACUGACGCGCCUAGAGGCGGGUCUGUUUGAUGGCCUCAUCUCGCUGAAGAAUCUAGACCUGAGUCGCAAUGGCCUGAACUGGCUCCAUUUGCGUUCGCUCUCGCGUCUGCCGAAUCUAGUGAGCCUGAAGCUCUCGCACAAUCAGAUCAGUGAUGUGGGCAUGAUCGGGCGUAUUGUGAAGGACUUGGAGCACCUGAAGAAACUGCGCCUAGACCACAAUAUCAUCAACGUCAUCGAGGACGGAUCCUUUGUGGAUUUGCCCAAUCUGUCUGAGCUGCAUUUGAACGACAAUCGUAUUACGGAGCUCCAAUAUGGCGCCUUCUUGCGCACCCCGCAGCUGAAGACCAUCUACAUGCAGAACAAUUUCAUUCGCCGCAUACAUCCGGAAUCGCUGCUGCAGACUUCCGGAAGUGACGUGGGCGUGGAGUCCGUACACAUCUACAACAAUGAGAUAAGCCAUGUGGAAGCGUUAAGAGCGCUUUUGGACGCUUUGCCCACACUACGUUUCCUGGACAUGAGCAACAACCUGUUGAGUGAGCUACCCUAUGGCGCUCUGCGUGGCCAUGGCACGCUGGAGCAACUGCAUUUGAAUAAUAAUCAGCUGCGUUUGAUUGAGCGCGACGCUUUGAUGGCCAUGCCCGCCCUGCGGGAGCUGCGCAUGCGCAACAACAGCCUAUCUUCGGCUCUGCCGCUGCCGUUUUGGAAUCUGCCUGGUCUCAAGGGCUUGGAUCUGGCGCAGAAUCAGUUUGGGAACGUGGAUGCACAACUGUUGGCUGGCUUGCCCUCAUUGCGACGCCUCGAUCUCAGCGAAAACGGGUUGAGGGAGAUGGCUCCAAAUACUUUUCGCCACAAUCCGCUGCUGGAGACGCUGAAUAUAUCCUCCAACGAGCUGAGCAAGCUGCAUCCGGGCACUUUUCAGCAUUUGGAGCGACUUUUUGAGGUGGAUGCCAGCUAUAAUCAGUUCUCGACCGUUAUUCCCGGCCUACCACCCAUUGUGGAACGCAUCUCGCUGCGUGGGAACCACAUCACUACCCUUCCCGCAUCCGCAAGCAAGUCUCUGCAGUUGCCCAAUCUGCGCAUGCUCGAUCUCAGCCAGAAUCGCAUCGAACAGCUGCCGCGUCACGGAUUUAAGGGUACGCCUGAGCUGCGUGUGCUGAGCCUGGCACAGAAUCGUCUACAUCUGCUGGAGGACACCUCCUUUCUGGGCAUUCAGCAGCUGGAGCUGCUGCAUCUCCAGGAGAAUCAAGUGUCGCAGGCGGACGAGCGUGCCUUGCUACCGCUUUCUGAGCUCCGCAAUCUCAACCUGCAAUCGAACAAACUGGAAUCCAUAACAGAUCACUUCUUGUCGAACAACAGUCGUCUGGAGCAGCUAGAUUUGUCACGCAAUCUCAUUCGCAGCAUUUCGCCCACAGCCUUUGACGCCCAACGCUCGUUGGAAUAUCUGGAUUUGUCGGGUAAUGCCCUUCUAGAUAUAUCUGUGGGCUUGGGCAAUUUGCACAGCCUUCGCGACAUCGAUCUGAGCUAUAAUCAGAUAUCGCGAGUGCACUCGGAUGUGGUCAAUGCUUGGCGCAACGUAGUAGAGAUUCGUCUAUCCAAUAAUCUCAUUGUGGAACUCCAGCAGGGCACGUUUCGGAAUCUGCCCAAGUUACAGUACCUGGAUUUAAGCAGCAAUGAGAUCGGCAGCGUGCAACCGGGCGCCCUCAAGCAAUUGAAUGACCUACAGGAGUUUGUGCUGGCCGAUAAUAAGCUUGUCGAACUGAAGGAUCACGUAUUUGAGGAUUUGCCCAACCUACUGGCCUCCCAUUUCCAAUACAACAAGCUACGCUAUAUCUCCCCAGAGAGUUUCCACAAUGCCAACUCGCUCGUCUUCCUCAAUUUGUCCAACAAUCACUUCCGCAAUAUGGAAAAUACCGGAUUACGCAGCAUGCGGAACCUAGAGGUACUCGACUUAUCUACCAAUGCCGUCAAAUUGGUGCCAACGAUGCCGCUUAAGGCGCUCAAUUGGCUGGUGGAACUGAAAAUGGACAACAAUCAGAUAUGUAGGAUACAGGGCUCGCCUUUUGAGACCAUGCCGCGUCUACGGGUGCUAUCUAUGCGCAAUAAUCAGUUGCGCACCAUCAAGGAGAGAACAUUUCGCAAUUUGAGGGGCAACAUUGCAAUACUGGAUGUCGACGGCAACCCCAUUGACUGCAACUGCGCGAUGCAGUGGCUUUCGGUUUGGCUACAGGAGACAAAUUUUCCCUAUCCGGGGCCGAAGUGUCAAGAUGGACGUCUGCUGCGAGCAGCGCGCAUGGAACGCAGCUUGUGUGCCGGCCUCGAUGUAUUCAGUGGUGGGGGCGAUAAUGAACGUACAGAUGGAAAUCAACUACCUCUGCUCAAUGAGCAUGGCGAUGUAUUCCAGCGGGAUUUGCCCGAGGACUAUAACGAUGAGUGCGAGACCUACGAUGCCACUGGGAGUCAAGCAGGCGAGCGUCCGAUGGUCGGAGAGAGCGAAUACUUCUAUGAUCAGUAUGUGGACAACACAGAUGCGCCAGAUGCCAGCAACGCAGUGUUGAGCACUUCACAGCGCCCCAAACCGACAGCAACACUGAAUCCCAACAUUGAUCUGAACAAUACGCUGCUCCACACCAAGUAUUUCAAUCGGCGCCCACAGAGACCUGGGGCAGCCAGUACGCCGGGCGGCUCGCCCUUCACCUUCUUUGGCUACCCCAUACCCAGCCUAAGCCUGGGACGGUUCUUUGGUUUUGGAGAGCGAGGUCGCAAACAGCGUGCCGGCACCGAUGACAUGCCCGCCACUCAUCGCAUGGCUAACAUCAAUUUGCCGGCGGGACGGAGCAAGACCCGAAUGUAUCAGCCGAAUAGCAUGGAAUUCGAGAAGUAUCUGCAACAGCAGCAGCAUGAAACGAAGGCUACAGCCCGCAAUCGGUAUGUGGAGGCCAACUCGGAGGAAUCGCUAAGCAACGAAAGCUCAGCCACAACAAUGGGUGCUUUUCGCACCACAUUUCGGGAGCCCACGAGCAUAGAACGUGGGGGUUUCCGACCCAUUGUACCACCACAUGUUGGAGGCUUCACGCCUGUACACGAUCCCAGACGUGGUUUGGUUGAGGCUGUCAAUAAGACGAAGAACCCACAGGCCGAGCGUAACUUUAUACCGAUUGCAGUAAGGCAGGAGCCCAAGACCACAGUCGCCAACAGUUUGGAGACAAAGGAAACAAGCAGCGAGGACCUCUCAUACCAAGUGACAGAAGUGAUAGAUGAUGUAACCACAAAUCCUCCAAUAGUGCGCAGCACGAGACCAGCCACAGCACCACCCACUAUCAACCACAAGGCCACAAUAACGACAACUACAACGACAUCGACAGCCGCACCCACAACUACUUCGACUUCAAGCCCAAGCAGUGAACAAUUCGAGUCGCAUUACGAUGAUGAGGAUUUGGAAGCACAAUCAGUUACAUUGCUUAAACCACCUCCAUUAAUGCAAUCAACCACAGCCGAAACCAUCUUGCUUAUACCACCAGCCGAAGAACACGUGGCCCAAAUCAAAAGUCAUUCCUGGGUGACAACAACAGAUACGCCAGAAGCGUUACCAACUGAGGCAAACGCCGAGCUGCAAGCAACUGUUCGCCCUGCUGUCACCGCUCCACCCCCACCACGAGUCCAGCACAACGCCCGAGCGCCCGGCGGUCGUUCGACCAUCACCAAGGUCUAUGCUCCAUAUCAGCAGCAAAUUGCUCAGCCGACGGCGGAGGAAUAUCAACGCACCACACCAAGUGCAGACAAUCUGGCGACGGAUAGUGAGCAGCACGUUACAGCUAAUGCCCAGAAACGCACUGAGCUCGACGAGAAGCAAGUUGAGCGGGUCGAUCGCAAGGAUGGCAUGGACUGGUAUUACGAGAGUUUUAAAAAGAAACGCGGUUUUAAUGAUCCUGGAACGGCGGUUAGGGCAGCGAAUAAAGAGGUACUCGAUGGCACGGUACCCUCACCAAACAGCUCCAACUGGACGAGAUGUUGGGCUGUGGGCAAGAAGGAAAUUAUCUUCUUGCUGUUAUUGUUGUGGCGGUGA